AAAUACUCCAAGAACUCCAGACCUGGAAGAAAAUCACCAAGAAACGACGUUAGUAAGACUCACUGAAAACGCCGAAGCAAUAUUCCAAGAACUCCGGACCUGGAAGAGAAUCACCAAAAAACAACAAAUACUUCAAGAACACCGAAGAGACUCAACGAAAAUGCAGAAGAAAUAUUCCAAUAACUCUGGACUUGGAAGAGAAUUACCAAAAAACGACGUUAGUAGUGAGAAAAAGUGA